GAGCCGAAACAGACAGAUGUGAUCGGUCAGCUCCAAGGCUUGGCAAUCUGUGCCGCAAGUAAAGUUCUGCAGCGAAAAUGGCAAGUCGAGCUGAUCAACAGCCAGAUCAUGCUGAAAACCACAGAUUUGGCCGGAUAUGUGAUCGUGAGUGCUGCCCAAGCUCGUCUGGACAAUCUUGAACAUCCGCCCGUCUGGCGAGAGUCACAGCUCCUUAACAAAACGAGUCUGGUAGGACAACUGGAAUGUGUUCAGUACUAUGCCACUGUAGGACAGGUCGAUUCAGGCACCCCAGAUCAGUGGCUUUCUACACAAGACGUUGCCGAUCUAUCAGCUGAGCCGGGUGCCGACAAUUGCGAGGACGCUUUAUCAGGUCGGCCUGAGGUAGUCGGCUGUGGUAGAGCUGUUGGUGGGGUAGUCACCGCAUGUGUCGGUCCCUUUCACCCGCUGCCAAACACACCUCCACAGUCGUUAGCGUUGACUUCGCGCCUCCUCCAAGGCCGAGGGGCCUCGGGCGACGGUUCGUUGUCGCAUUCGUUUCCAUCCGGUGUCCCGACGACAGCAAACACCACCUCUGGCCCCGCCAUUGCGAAUAUUCCAUCUGCGCAUGGCUCCUUCAUCUCUUCUGGCCUCUCCAAUUCCCGUCCAUCUUCUCAGAACAACGUCACCUCCGCUGAUGUAGCCAGUUCCUCUCUGUCUGCAGCCAACACCUACUGGCAGAUGUCCGGUGUGGCCGGAAACUUGACUCCUGGCGAGGCGAGUCGAGUGACAACGUCACCCAUUCAACUGCAAAGAAUGAUCUCGCGUUGCUCAUGCCAGAUCUUCUACGUCAGCUAUGAGCCUGUUGACUCGGCCUCAAUGCCGCUUCCGCAUUGUGUCCCACUUCUGGUAAAGCAGACAACAUUUGACUUUCUUUUCUUUGCUCUCCUUCCCUCCAUCUUUCUCUCGCUUUGUUUUUAUACUCAUUUACACUGA